GGCAAGGUCUGGGGUGAUAGGGGUGCGGAGCCUAGUACGGAAUGGACUAUUCCAAAUUUAUCCUUCUGACAGUUCUUGUCGCAUUUAUUGAGGAAUCGCUGGCCAUCUCCUGUUUGGUGGAUCAAUUCAGUGUGAAGGACGGUUUUGAUCCCAAGAGGUAUUCUGGAAAGUGGUAUGCGUUGUUAAAGAAAGACCCAGAGGGGCUCUUCCUCCAGGACAAUAUCUCAGCUGAGUACUUUGUGGAUGAUAAAGGCACUAUGACAGCUUCUUCAAAGGGAAGAGUGAAACUUUUUGGGUUCUGGGUGAUCUGUGCAGAUAUGUCAGCUCAAUACAUAGUACCUGACCCUGGCACGCCAGCCAAGAUGGAGAUGGCUUACCAGGGACUUGCAAGCUACUUGUCUAGUGGAGGUGACCAAUAUUGGGUUAUUGACACCGACUAUGAUAACUAUGCCAUUACAUAUGCCUGCCGCAGACUGAAGGAUGAUGGAACCUGCGAUGAUGGCUAUGCCCUUAUCUUCUCCCGCAACCCACGUGGGCUCCCAUCAACCAUUCAGCGCAUUGUCCGUCAAAAGCAGGAGGACAUCUGUCUCUCUGGGCAGUUUGAACCAGUUCUCCAGUCUGGUGCCUGCCCUUAAAGUGGCACUAACAAGAGGUGCUAUUUAUUUGAAGAUGGAAUGGAGAGUUUCAGCACAGAAGAACACCACAAGGAUUGUAACUCCAAGCGCAACAAUGUUGUAGGUCUUUUAAAUUUCUUGGUCAAAAGUAUUUAUCACCAAUCUACAGCCACAUUACAAUUAUUUCAACUUUGCUGUAGUUAUUUCUUAUCAAUAAUGAAUAUGGUAAACAUUUAUAUUAAUGAGCAGAUUUGCUGAAGAUUUGCUGCCAUGAAAUAUCAAAGAUUGUGUGCUGGCAAAAUUAAAGGACACUACAACAUGGUAUUUUAAAUUGUAACCAAAAACGAGAUUGUGUUCAGAAAAAAAAUGUGUUGAAAUCAAAAUCCUAUUUAUUCCAAUAUAACAGUGUAAUAAAACAAAAUAAAUUCAAAAUGACAU